GAAAUCCAAUGCCGCAUUUUUUCACCUGAUUUAGUCAUUUAAUAUAUAUACGCACACACACGCAUACAUUACACGUUGGUAAGUGUAUAUGUUUAUGAGAACCAGAGAGAGUUGAGAUUUUCGUGAUCAGAAAAUGAAGUUCUGCAAGAAAUACCAGGAGUACAUGCAAGGCCAAGAGAAGAAAUUACCCGGGGUUGGUUUCAAGAAGCUUAAGAAGAUUUUGAAGAAGUGUAGAAGAGAUUUUCAAUCUCAGAAACACCUUGAUGUUCAUCAUACCUGCCCUCAACCUUGUCCAGUUUGUGAUGGAACCUUCUUCCCUUCCCUUCUCAAGGAAAUGUCAGAUGUAGUAGGUUGUUUUAACCAGAGAGCUCAGAAAUUGCUUGACCUUCAUCUGGCUUCUGGUGUUAAAAAGUACUUGAUUUGGUUUAGAGGCAAGCUCCAAAGGAGCCAUGUUGCCCUAAUUCAAGAAGGCAACGAUCUGGUCACUUAUGCCCUAAUUAAUGCCACUGCAAUUAGAAAAAUCCUGAAGAAAUAUGACAAGAUUCAUUACUCUAGGCAAGGUCAGGCAUUUAAGUCUCAAGCCCAGAGUAUGCACAUUGAAAUCCUCCAGUCACCAUGGCUGUGCGAGCUCAUGGCUUUUCACAUCAAUUUGAGGGAAUCCGAGGCCAAAUCAAGCAACACUCCUGCCUUGUUUGAAGGGUGUUCCCUGAAUUUCGACGAUGGGAAACCAUCACUUUCUUACGAGCUCUUCGAUUCGGUCAAGCUGGAUUUCGAUCUGACUUGUUCUAUAUGCUUGGAUACUGUAUUCGAUCCGGUUUCUCUUACAUGUGGCCACAUAUUCUGCUAUAUGUGUGCCUGCUCUGCAGCAUCGGUUACAAUUAUUGAUGGAUUGAAAUCUGCAGAUCCUAAAGAAAAAUGCCCUCUGUGUCGUGAGGCAGGAGUUUAUGAAGGAGCAGUACACUUGGAUGAGCUAAGUAUUUUAUUGAAGCGAAGCUGCCGCAGCUACUGGAAACAGCGGCUUCGGACAGAAAGAGAAGAAAGGGUUCGACAGGCGAAGGAGCACUGGGAGUUACAGUGCCGGUCAUUUAUGGGUGUGUAGAUAGUUUUUGGGUAAAUUUCCUCUUUGUUGAAAGUUCCAGUCUACACAUGAAAAAAUGGAAAGUUUCUGUUUUUUUUUUUUUUCAAAAUAAUCAAGUACUGUCUUGUGCCCCGAUUUGCCAUACAUUAUGUGUAUUUCGAAAGGCACAGAUGGACUUUCGAUUAUAAUGUAUAUUUUUAAGGUUACUCUUCAGUCGUAUUUUAGGCCUUUAGAUCUAUGUAAUGGUUAAAGGAAAAGAAAUUCUUAA